AUGCUCUCCUAUACUGGUAGCGGUUCUUAUUGUUACGCCUACAGCCUUUACAUGGUUCUCCUUGCUUCAGGCUACGAACCGCAGUCACUACCCUCGGCUGGUUUUAUUGAGUGUCUUACACUGAUGCCCUUCGGUAAACUGUUCAUCAAUCUUAAAACUGGGCCGCUUUCUUUCUUCAGUAAUCCAUACAUUACACCAGACGAAGGCAUUACUCAGGCUCUUAAAACAAUGGGCUGGGAGUGCGAGAACCACCGCGGCGGAGAUCCGCCUUCAGCACUGUCUUCGCUGCGUGAAGCUGUGGCCCAUGGGCCUGUACUCGCUGGCCCUCUAAAUAUGGGCCACCUCACUUACAACCCCGACUACAAGACGCUAAGCGGAGCGGAUCACUUCGUCGCUGUGAUGAAAGUGGAUGACGACAACGGUACGGUUUUGCUGCACGACCCAGCGGGCUAUCCAGCGGUGGUUCUACCAGUGGCGGAAUUUGUCGAGGCAUGGCGCGGCGAAGGUGUAGAGUACAUUGACCAGCCAUUUGUGUUCCGUUCCCAUUUCCGCCGCGUUGAUCAUGUCCCCCGCGCAGAGAUGGUUGCACGGACGGUUUACAUGAUUCGCAAGCAGAUUGAGGAUGAAGUUAAGUUUCCUGAUUGCUUCGGUGGGGUUUCGGCGUUGCGAUUGACGGCAGAGGCUGUGGCAGCAGCGGUUCCUAGCGUGGUGAACGACCUCGCUCCAUUCACAUUCCCACUGGCGGCGAGGCGCUACCUAGAUGCUAGGGACUUUUUGGCCGAGGCUGGCCUAACCGACGCUGCUGGAAUCAUGGAGCAACAGGCAUUGUUGGCUGGGAAGGCCCAAUAUCUGGCUGUACAUGGAAAGUGGAAGGAUGUUAUCAUGAUUCUAGAUGGCUUUGCAGAGCUGGAAGAUGAGCUAAUUAAAUGUAUUAGAGCAGGGGUAUAA